UCCAAUCACUUUGAUAGCAAAUAUUUUCUAAAAAUGAGGAAAUCACCAGUUAUUCCCACCGCCACUACUCAUGUGGUGUGCCUCAUCCUAUUAUCGCUUACCUCAAUUGCCAAGGCUGCCAAUGGUGGCGGCGGCGGCAGCCACAACAUCACUCGCAUUCUGGCCAAGCACCCUGACUUCUCCACUUUCAACCACUACCUCUCCGCCACUCACCUCGCUGACGAGAUCAACCGCCGCCGCACCAUCACUGUCCUCGCCGUCGACAACGCCGGCAUGUCCGAUCUCCUCUCCAAACAUUUCAACAUCUACACUCUCAAGAACGUCCUCUCCCUCCAUGUCUUAGCCGAUUACUUCGGCGCCAAGAAACUGCAUCAGAUCUCCAACCGCACCACCUUGGUUUCCUCCCUGUUUCAGGCCACCGGAGCCGCUUCCGGUACCUCCGGCUAUAUCAACAUCACCGACGUCAGAGGUGGUAAAGUAGGGUUUGGAGCUGAAGACAACGAUGGACUCAAUUCCUACUACGUAAAAUCAGUCUUUGAAAUCCCUUACGUCAUCUCUGUUCUUCAGAUCAGUCAUCCUCUUUCUUCUCCUGAUGCUGAAGCUCCAACCUCUGGACCAGGCCUCGUCAAUCUCACCAUUAUCAUGGCCAAACAAGGUUGCAAGGGCUUCGCCGAUCUCCUCCGGCCGUCGAAAGCUCUGCCCGCUUUCGAACACAACGUCGAUGGCGGCUUAACGGUGUUUUGCCCAACCGACGACGCCGUCAGCUCCUUCCUUCCCAAGUACAAGAACCUCACCGACUCCGAGAAGGAGUCGUUACUGUUAUAUCACGGCGUUCCUGAGUACGAGACCCUUCAAAUGUUGAGGUCCCAUAAUGGGAUUAUCAACACUUUGGCCACUGAAGGAGCCAACAAGUUUGAUUUUACAGUGAAUAGUAAAGGUGAAGAUGUUAUAUUAAAGACCAAAGUCGUGACUUCGAACAUAGUUGGCACGUUGAUCGAUCAAGAUCCUGUUGUGGUGUACAAGAUUGAUAAGGUUUUGUUGCCCAGAGAACUAUUUAAGGAGGCGCCGGCAUUGACGCCGGCGGAGUCUCCUAAGCCGGCGAAGAAGAAGAAGAAGGGGGCUUCGUCAGAGCAUGCUGAUUCACCGGACUCCGCCGACUCGCCGGAUUCGGUUUCAGAUAAUCAAAAAGCUGCCGAUGAUGAUAGCGGAUCAACUGGUUUAAACAAUAAUGGCUUCAGGUUUAUCGCGCUUGUGGCAACUUGGGUAAUGGGGUUUUUACUUCUAUAACAAGAAACUAAGUAAUUAAAUUAAUCCAUACAAUUGAAGAAAAAUAUGCAAUUUGAUCUUCGAAGCACAUGUAUGUCUUGAUGUUUUAAUUUUUAGAGAUUUAAUUUUUCACACGAGUUUGUGGUUCGUCAACCAUACAAACUUUUCGAUGUGAAGAAUACAUAAUUCCAAAAAUUAAAAUUUCAAGUGAUGUUAUUGGGAAGGGAUCAAAUCGUCAGUGCAGUGUGUGAUCUGAAAAUACAUCAUAGAAAAGAAUAUGGAUGUACCUCAGUGUCGGCAUACUUUUGUGUUUUUUUUAUUUUUUUGGUGGGUGAUUGUCGGUACACAGCUCAUGGACACGUGCGAGAUUCUUUCUUUUCUUUGUUUUAUUUCAUGUUUUCUUUUUUGUUUUGUGAAAGAAAUAAAAAUAUCAGACCCGCUCGUUUGGAAUA